UCGACGGUUCUUGUGCCAUCGCUAAUUUAGGCUCCCACCAAAUCCGUGUAUUUUCUAGAGAAACCGCCCAAAAUCUGGCCCAAGAUUUCAGAUUUCCAUUAAACGAACAUUGGGCUAACUGAAGGACACCUCCAUGAUGAAUCCCCAGCCCCCAACACCGCCCACAUAUGCCAGCAAACGAAAGAAGCCCGCCGAAAUGCAGCUGAUGUGCGGAUGGAAUGGUUGCCAGGAGAUUUGCAGCGGGGAAUGGAAUCUGAACACACACAUUGGCCAGCACCUGGAGGAGUAUGCCCGCCAGGUGGGCCAGGAGGACCCGGAGGUGGAGCCGAUUCACUGUUGCAUCUGGAACACGUGCGAUUACCAGACGUUGUGUCUCGAAGAAUUUGAACGGCACAUGUACUAUCAUGGCUACUACAUGCAUCUGCUGCUCCAGGGCAAACUAGAGUGCGACCUUCAUCCGGAGAUACCCGCCUGUACGGCGCCCCCGCGCCAAGCCGAGAAACUGCCCCAUCUUGGUCAGAAUUUUCUGUGCGGCUGGACGGACUGCGAACGGGAGUUUGUGUCCAUUGUAGAGUUCCAGGAUCACAUCGUAAAGCAUGCUUUGUUCGAGUAUGACAUUCAGAAGACGCCUGAGGACGAACGACCCAAGACACAGUGCAACUGGACCAUGUGCCUCAAGCAGAUGGGCAACAAGUACCGCCUCAUCGAACACAUCAGCACCCACUCGAACAAGAAACAGGUGGCCUGCUUCCACUGUGGCGAACUGUUCCGCACUAAGACCACCCUGUUCGACCACCUGCGCCGCCAGCCGGAAAACAACACCAACAGCUUUCAGUGCGCCCAGUGCUUCAAGUUCUUCGCCACCAAGAAGCUGCUGAAGAGCCAUGUGGUCCGCCAUGUCAACUGCUACAAGUGCACCAUGUGCGACAUGACCUGCAGCUCCGCCGGCUCGCUGACCACCCACAUACGCUACCGCCACCUGAAGGACAAGCCCCUGAAGUGCAGCGAGUGCGAUACCCGCUGUGUCAGGGAGUCGGAUCUGGCCAAGCACGUCCAGAUCGUCCACUCCAAGACGGUGCAUCAGUGCGAGCACCCGGACUGCGAGUACUCUGUGCGCACCUACACCCAAAUGCGGCGGCACUUUCUGGAGGUGCACGGCAACAAUCCCAUCCUGUAUGCCUGCCAUUGCUGCGAGCGUUUCUUCAAGAGCGGCAAAUCCCUCAGCGCUCACCUCAUCAAGAAGCACGGCUUCCGGUUACCGUCAGGCCACAAGCGCUUCACCUACCGGGUGGACGAGAACGGUUUCUACCGCCUGGAGACCACUCGCAUCGAGAGUCUGGAGGUCACACAACAGAUCCUGUCGCCGCAGCUAGAGGAUACCAAGCCCGUCAUUGGUACCUGUUUCGAGAUCGUGGACCCCACGAACGGCGAAUACGAAAGAAUCUUCGUAUCCAAUGAUCCCAAUGAGGCGCAGCUAGUGGGCGAAGUGGUGAUCUCGCUGCCCAGCCUAUCGGAGGAUCUGUGAGAAAUGGAGAGAGAGAGCGGAAAAGCAACAGCAGCAGUCCAAAAGAAAUCUGAUCUCGUGCCCCAUACAAUCCUGAGCCGACUAACUGGCUUUAUCAGCAUUAGCAUAGGUUAACUUCUUAGUCUUAGGGAAGGCAUCAUUUUACGGUGUUUUAAAGUGUAUAUCCUUAAGCGCAUCCACGUCCACUGUUUUACGAGCAUAUCCCCGCACCCAUAACGAGAUUGUGUCUGCCACUGUGUGUUAGUGAAUGUACUUGAGAUUAUUUUUGGCAUUUAGUGUUGGAGAUUCGUCGGAUCCUCUUCAUUUCAUAUCCAUUUGACAUUAUUCUUAAGCGUCUUGACAGUUUCCAGUAGCAACUUUAUUGUUUUAAGCCAAAAGUUAAUAAAUAAAUUUAGCUAGAAACCAGGAA